GCCAUUGAUAAUUGCUUCCUUCGUUGUAUAAACGAAAGUAAAUGAAAACCGACUCAGAAAAAGGACAAAAAAAAGCCUUAGCUUCAAAACUCACUUAGAACUCACCGAAGAGGAGUCGAGAAUGUGUUGAUCGAUCAUGAAUUCAGGGUUUCCUCGUUAACUUUGAUCUUUACAGGUUUCAUAAGAGAGUUAGAUAACAAUGUCGAGACCGAUGUUACUUGUUUUCCUAUUUAUUAUACUCAUAAUCACCUCACAAUUUGAGUGGAGGCAACCACUUGUUGUUGAUGUUGACACGACCCCGAGUGUAUCGCAGAAGCCGCAACAAAUUUCAAGGAGGGAAGAAGCUGUGAAAGAAAAGAUCAUCUUAUCACAAGAGAAGAAGAUUCAGAGACUUAAUGAACUUGUGCGGAGUCUUGAGCAGCAACUGCUGCAGUGCAAGGGUGAUAACAAGACAACUAAUGGCACUGUAAGCUAUUUGACUGAACGGAUUCUUGAGCUUGAGAGGCAACAGAUCUUAGAGGACUAGGCAGGCUAUUAUAUCGCAAAACAUAUGCUCUGAUUGUGGUGCAUUGAAGCUUUAAAAUCCUUGUUUAUCCAUGUAAGUGUAAGUUCAAUAUUUCAUUUGUUGUAAGUUGUAUGGUUUUUUCCCUUCAUUUGUGUCCACUCCAUCUCUUCCAAAUGGAAGCGGUGAAAGCUAUGCACACAGUAUAAAUCAUCCAUUUUACAAUCCUUAGUCAUUGCUAAGUGGCUGCUGUUAUUUGACUCAGCUACUUUGAAACCAAUCUUCUGUUAUUAUACUGUAUUAGAAUUAUCAGCAACAUUUAGCUGAUUGAGAAUGAAAAAAAAAAGAUGUGAUGAGUUUGAUGGUGUA